CAACUCUUCAAUUUUCUUAGGUCGAAACGCAAGACAUGCGGACUCAUGAAUUGUAAAGAAACGCGCAACAAAUUACCCUACCUUUCUAUGCUUGCGCCCGUACACGCUAGGAAUCAUACAUGAUCGAUGGAAUGACCUAAUGUCUGGUUCCGCCUUGGGUGCUCCCUGAAUCACAGUCCCCGGUUGACUCAUCCCCAACUCAAUGAGACCCCUGCUCCGCCUCCCUCUUCACUCUAUUACAAGCUUCUACACCAUACCUAGAAUUAGCCUUCGUUCUUUUUCACAUUCCCUCAUGGUAAAGAGAAAGUCGGAGGUGCUAGGCGACAGCUUCAAUAUUCAACCACCUUCUCGAAUAAGAAAGAUGGAAGCACAACCAAUAACCACCACUAUUGAGCUCACCUCCAAGGAGGCUCAGCUCAAAGACUUGCUUCUAGAUGUUGCGAAAUUCAUAAAUGGGUCAGGCAGUUUAGAAGAGCCGGUUGUAUUACGCUGGGCUGGUGGAUGGGUUCGGGACAAACUCCUCGGAAUCCCGUCACAUGAUAUCGAUACAGCCAUCAACGUGAUGACGGGUGAGGCGUUUGCAUUAAAACUAUGCGAGUUAUGUCAACAGCCCGCCACCAUUAAAAAGCAUGUUCUCGCAGAGUCUGAUGUUGGUAAUCUUCACAAGAUUGCCCGAAAUCCAGAAAAGUCCAAGCAUCUCGAGACCACGACCAUCAAACUUUUCGGAUAUGAUGUCGACUUCGUCAAUCUCCGCAAGGAGACUUAUACUGAAGAUAGUCGCAAUCCGCAGAUGGAGUUUGGCACUGCCGAAGAGGAUGCACUACGAAGAGAUGCGACUGUCAAUGCUCUUUUCUACAACCUCAACACUGGUAAAGUUGAGGACUUCACUACUGGACUGAAGGAUAUGAAGUCGCGGUUGAUCAGAACACCGUUAGAACCAUUCCAAACAUUUAUGGACGAUCCUCUCCGCGUGCUUCGAUUAGUCAGAUUCGCUAGUCGCCUAGAGUUUACUAUUGACCCUGCUGCCGAAGAGGUCAUGGGUGAUCGUCGCGUCCUAGACGCUCUCCGAUUGAAGAUUAGUCGCGAGAGAGUCGGCGUUGAAGUUGAGAAAAUGCUCAAAGGAAACCACCCUCGCAAGUCUUUAGAAUACUUUGAGAAACUUGGACUCUACCAUACAGUUUUUACGGACCCGACUCAUUCAAAUAUUCCAGUCCCUGAUAUCUCUAAUUGGAAGAUAGCAUACGAGCUUUUUGAUUCUCUUCGCCAAAAUAAAACCCCUGGAUCUAUCUAUGAUGCUCUCGUGCGAUCAGAUGAGGCUGACUACUACGCUUGGAUCCUAGUGGCCAUCUGCCCCUGGGAGAGUGUUGAAGAUCCUCCUCAUGUCAGUGGGAAAGGCAAACAGCCGCCCCCUUUCGUGACAUUGGCUGCGAGAGAAGGUAUCAAGGCCUCCAACAAGAUCAGCGACCUUGCAACCGCUGCACACAAUAACAGAGCGGAAAUAAUGUCCUUGAUGAUGGCAGUCUCAGAAAAUGCGCCCUUCAUCUCCGAGAGGGAUAGAUUCGGUAUGGCUAUUCGGAAUUGGGAGGCAAAAGCUGGUCACUGGAGAGUACAGGUCAUGUAUGCCCUUUUAAUUGAGGCCAUGGAAGUUCUGGCUCCAGACUCUGCGAAGUCAGUCAGUAAAGACGACUUUCUACACAAGUGGCAACUCUUCUUAGACCACCUUCAAGAACUCGAUGUCAUGGAAGCCCCAUCGUUGAAGCGACUUAUUGACGGUAACCAACUCGCUAAGGCCUUGGGUGUCAAGCCUGGUAAAUGGAUGGCGGAAGCACUGAAUGUUUGCAUCAAAUGGCAGUUGCGCCACCCCGAAGCGACCGACCCAGCGGGCGCCGUCGAAGAUGUCCGGAGCCAAAGAGCUGAAUUGGGAAUUCCGGGGAAAUAGCGGUCUGGUUUCGAUGAAUGAUACCCUUAGAUUUGAGGAGGUAGCACCAAGGUGAUGUAUCAAUAAAAUGAAUGAGACAUGAGAACCACAGAGAUUUUUAUGAAUUUCCGAAAACCGAUCGUUAACAUCGUGAGCAGUUCUCCCAUAUGGUUAUGAUCGACAUAUUAGAUACCUAAUGAAAGAAACCCUAAGCCGCCGUAGGCGAAAAAUUCAAUUCAUAUCAUGCGAAAAGGACCCUUAGCACCGAAUGAUGCAAAUGCAAAGGCAAAGUUGAAGGAUUAAA